UGCGAUUCUUGGUGGAUUGAUGACAUUCCCACCGACAUCAGCGUUGUUGUUGUAAGCUGGCGUCUGACUCAUGGUUCUUGCUAAUCGAGAAAGGCUUUUGGCUCCGACUGCUUCAGGAAGGUCGUCACGUGCAAUCACCUCCACUCGACACAGAAUUGCGACAUCGGAUGGACCCUUCAAAUACAUUUCAGCUUAACUGUCUCGCUAGGCCACCUAUAUACCCCCCCUCCCCUAUCUUUUCUUAUAUAGAGCUCCCUCUGUAACGGUUCCAGUGUCUAUCGUCAGAGGGCUAAACAACACUCGAACUGUUACUCGUAGAUUCACUUCUCACUUCUCUGGAAUCCGUGGUCAAGACAAAGAUCAUGUUAAUGGCUACCUCUACACUUCCAGCCCCAGAGGCUGCUGCUCGAGCACUCUCUGUCGUACUGGGUUGGACUUACUUCUUCGCUUGGAGUUUCUCCUUCUACCCUCAGAUCCUCCUCAACUAUCGCCGGAAAUUCGUUGGGGGUCUUUCCAUAGACUUUGCUACCCUCAAUGUGAUGGGCCACACAUGUUAUUCCAUUUAUUCUUCCGCGUUUCUCUUCAGCCCAGGAGUACGCGAGGAAUAUCGCAGACGACACGAUGGGCACAAUCCAAGUGUUCAGCUCAACGAUGUUGCAUUUGCACUACACGCAGCCACUCUUGCGUCUAUUACACUCAUCCAAACAUGGAUCUAUCCAAGAGAAAUCGGACAACGUCUAUCCACUGCCAACCGUUUCGUUGUCGCCAUCGCUCUUUUUAUGUUCACAACCCAUGUCUUCUCCAUCACUCUGGGCACAGAGCCGAUCAUUGAUUUCUUAUAUAUUCUGUCCUACUUUAAACUAUAUGUCUCAGUGGCGAAGUAUGUCCCUCAGGUUUGGGACAACUACCGACGCAAAUCCACAAUAGGUUGGUCCAUUGGCAAUAUCCUAUUGGACUUGACUGGAGGAUCGUUAUCCCUCAUCCAGCUCUUCAUUGAUGCAAGUGCGGAUCAUGAUUGGGCGGCUGUUACUGGGAACCCUGUGAAAUUUGGUCUCUCGAUCCUCACCAUCAUCUUCGACAUGGUAUUCGUAAUUCAGCACUACGCACUAUAUACAACCCGAAAGGAUUUCGCCAUGGAAGAUAAGGAAGGACUCACGAAGUCCGAUCUUGAAGCCCAGGCUGCAGCGAACAUGAACGAGAGAACGCGUCUGUUAUCGAGCUAAGGUGCACGCCGAUAUGUAUAAUUUAGCUAUAUACCUGUUCACGACCUAGUUAUGAUAAUAUACAAGCCUAUUUCUUUACAUGC